AUGUCCACCAUACAGCUUGAUGAUAUCGUACGAAACACAGCUUAUCCACCAGUGCCACCCAAUUUCGGCUCCAACUACACCAAGAUCAUAUAUAAUGACACAUAUGACUUCGUAACCCCGUCCAAGUUGGACUGUAAGGGGAAGACUGUCUUAAUCACUGGUGGUAACAAAGGCAUCGGCAAGGGCAUCGCCAUUUCAUACGCAAGGGCCGGCGCAUCGCAAAUUGCCAUCACCAGUCGUUCGGACGCCUCGUCGGUAGCAGAUGAGAUCAGAGACGCAGCAUUAGAUGCUAGAAGGCAUGUACCAAUAGUGCUCACCCUUCAGGUAGAUGUUCUCGACAAGGAGGCUGUUCAGGCCGCGGCCGAAACGGUAGAGCGCGAAUUUGGUCGCCUUGAUAUUCUGAUUAGUAAUGCUGGCUUCCUGGCACGCUACGAAAAGAUACUGGACGGUGACGAUGACGAAUGGUGGCAGAGCUUCGAGACAAACAUUCGUGGCAUGUAUCGUGUUGCCAAGGCAUUCCUGCCUUUGAUGCUGAGCGGUGGCGACAAGACCAUUAUCAGCAUAUCUUCAACUGGCGUCAUGCACUAUCAUACUGGUGGUAGCAGCUACCAGAUAUCUAAAUUGGCGCUGCUCAGGUUGACCGAAUUCCUGAUGGCAGAGUAUGCAGAGCAGGGUCUGUUGACAUACUCGUUGCACCCCGGUGGUGUUGCCACGGAUCUCGCAAGCAUGUUGCCCGAAGCGACCAAAUCAUGGCUCAAGUGCACACCUGCCCUCGGUGGCGACACCAUUGCAUACUUGACAGCUCAGAGACAAGAAUGGUUGGCAGGACGUUAUCUGAGCGCAAUGUGGGAUAUGGAGGAGGUGUUUGCAAAGAAAGAGGAAAUCAUCGAGAAAGAUUUAUUGAAGAUGAAGAUGGCGUUCUGA